AUGCGCUCUGCUGUCUAUGAAGCUGGACAACGCCGCUCAUGCCAAGCUAAGAGGACACUUUGCGCCGAAAUCUCCACUAGAGCUCUCGUUGAAGAGCUAGCAAAGGUGCUGACAUCGCUAUUCGGAGCGAAAAGGUAACG